UCCAACACAACGUCGACUGCAGCCUCCAGUUCGGCUCAAGUCCCUCCCACAGGAAAUAUAUGGCCGAGACAGCUUCAGAUUCCACGCAGGUUUCAUGAAAGAGGAAAAACAGAAACAAAACAAAACAAACCUAGGAAACCCCAGAACCAGUGAGCUGGGUCUUACAACUCUGUACCAUGAGGUGUUCCUCUCUCCUCCUGCUCUCCUUCCUCUCUGGUUUGAUGGUGGUUCGGGGGGGUUUGGACUUUAGAGUCUGUGCCUUCAACCUCCAUCACUUUGGGGAUUCCAAGUCCAAGAAGAGCACUGUCAUGCACACUCUUACCAGGAUCAUCGCUCGCUGUGAUGUGUGCUUGCUUCAGGAAGUGAGAGAUAGUAAGGAGAAAGCUUUACCAAUUCUGCUUACACGCCUCAACAGCUAUGACACCGCACAUAAGUACGAUGCUGUGGCCAGUGAGAGGCUGGGCAGAUCUGAAUCAUACCAGGAGCAGUACGUGUUUGUUUACAGGACUGAUACAGUGAGUCUCACUGACCAGUAUCAGUAUCCCGAUGAUCGACCAGGAGAUGUUGAUGCUUUCUCCAGAGAACCUUUUGUUGUCCGCUUCAAAGCCCCCAAGACAACUAUAAAGGAGUUUGUCCUCAUACCCCAGCACACCACUCCAGUCAACACCACUAAGGAGCUUGAUUCACUGUAUGAUGUGUUACAACAUGUGAAAAAGAUGUGGAAAACUGAGAAUGUGAUGCUUCUUGGUGACUUCAACGCUGACUGUGGCUACCUCGCUAAGAAGAACAGGAAGAAUGUUCGUCUGAUUACAGACACAGAUCUCGUUUGGCUCAUCAAAGAUAAAACUGACACCACCGUGCGAGCGACCACCUCCUGCACCUACGACAGGAUCGUUGUACAUGGGCCAGCAUUUACCAGAGAAAUUGUGCCUCUUUCCGCCAAACCAUAUAACUUCCAAACAGAGUACAGACUCACAGAGGAGCAGGCGCUGGAGGUCAGUGAUCACUACCCAGUGGAAGUUCUGCUGAAGGUCGUCAAGUCAAGAUUCCCCUUCAAUGAUGCAACUUCUCUAACCAGCACAAAGUUCCUCUCUUUGUUUGUCCUCAGCCAUCUUGUCUCUCGAGUGUUCACAUGACAACUGAACAAUAUAUCCUGUGCAGCUUUGUUUCUGAGGACAAUCUCAGGACAGAUUACUUCAUGGACGGAUGAGAACUGUAUAAUUAUCCAAUGUGUAGACGUGCCAAACAUGCGGCAGGAACUGGCAAUCUUGAUCGUGUACAUGGCAUCAUGGAUCCCCAGAAAUACCAGGCCAUUUUAAAGAGGAAUGUGAUGCCUUCUGUUGACAAAUUAAACAUUGGUGAACAUUGGACUUUCCAGCAAGACAAUGAUCCAAAGCCCACCUCCAAGUCAAGCAAAGCUUGGUUGAGUAAAAGAUCCUGGAACGUCCUGGGGUGGGGUGGGUCUCAGUCACCAGAUUUAAAUCUGAUUGAAAAUCUUUGGUGGGAUUUGACGAAGACAGUCGCAACAGGGAAGCCAUCAAACAUCACUGAGCUAGAGGCUUUUGCACGUGAAGAAUAGGCAAAGAUUCUGAUCGAGAGGUGUAAGAAGCUUGUCCGCACUUCCCGAAAACGUUUGUUAGAAGUUAUAAAAGCUAAAGGAUGCGCAACAAAGUACUGAAGCUGGGGGUUGAAUAGUACUGCACAUGCACAUGUUAAAAGAGUGACAUUUCUCAUUUGAACUUCAAAGUUAAGUCAACUUCUGUUGUCAAAAUAACUCAAAUAUGUAUCAAUAAAUAUCUUUUGUUGUUAAA